AUGUCUCCCAAACUGUAUGUUUGCAUAGCUUUCUCUUUUGUGAACGCAGUGACAGCAUUUGUCAUUUCGUGGUUGAUGCAGGCUCGUAUCACGACAUUUGAUAUUACUGCGUUUACGCAUGGGUGGGAUAUGCCCCAAAAGACAGAGGCAUGUCGAAGUGCUGGGGUGCUCUACCUGAUCCUGGGCGCGUGUUUCUCCGCAUACGCUCUCUACUUGCGCUAUGCUACGCGCGCAGAACAGUUAAGGCGCUACGAAAUGGAGCUUGCGGGAAUGCCAGAGGGGACGCCGCUCUUACGCGGCCCGGUCACUAACGGGAGUUUCCCACAGAGUAAACAAAAUCAGGGAGCCACCGGGCCCCGCUCCAAAGAAAGUUAUGGAGCAGACAGUAGCAAUUGA